CAUUUUUUUUUCACUGAAACCGGAAGUGAGUGAUUUCGGCGUUAGAAAGCGUUUAGCUGCGAAAAGUUUUUCACUUUUGAGGAAUUUAGUGAUCGGGAAGUGAGUUCGAGUUCAGGAGAGACAAUAACUCCGUCGGAGAGACUUCAGGUGCUGACAGAAGGAUCCGGAGUCAGUGCUUAAAGAUUUAAUUCGUGUAAAGUUUGUUUCUGUGUGUGAGUGAGUGUGUGUGUGAGUGUGUGUGUGUGUGUGAGUGAGAGUGUGUGUGUGAGUGUGUGUGUGUGUGAGUGAGAGUGUGUGUGAGUGAGUGUGUGUGUGUGUGUGUGAGUGAGUGUGUGUGAGUGAGUGAGUGUGUGUGUGUGAGUGUGUGUGUGUGUGUGUGAGUGUGUGUGUGUGUGUGAGUGAAGAUGCCGCUCGCGCAGUUCGCGGAUCCGUGGCAGAAACCGCAGCUGGGUCCUUUGGAGAAUGAAGUGAUUGACGACACAAUGGGGGAGGAGGAGGCUCCGUUUACUGAUGAAUGUCCAGAGAAGGAGAUCACAAUCACACACCUGGUGAAGGAAGGGUCAGAGAAAGCAGAACCCAUACACUUCGAACUCUGCAAAGUCCUGGGGCAGGGAUCAUUUGGCAAGGUUUUCCUUGUGAGAAAGAACAGAGGGCCAGAUGUAGGACAGCUCUAUGCCAUGAAGGUCCUCAAAAAGGCAACACUGAAAGUGAGAGACCGUGUUAGGACAAAGAUGGAGCGAGACAUCCUGGUGGAGGUGAAUCACCCGUUUAUCGUCAAAUUACAUUACGCAUUUCAGACGGAAGGAAAACUUUAUUUAAUCCUGGACUUCCUGAGAGGAGGAGAUUUAUUCACACGCCUCUCUAAAGAGGUCAUGUUCACUGAGGAGGAUGUGAAGUUCUAUCUGGCUGAAUUAGCUCUGGCUCUGGAUCAUUUACACGGCCUGGGGAUCAUCUACAGAGACCUCAAACCUGAGAAUAUCCUUCUGGAUGAUGAAGGUCAUAUUAAACUCACUGAUUUUGGCCUCAGUAAGGAGUCUGUAGAUCAUGAAAAUAAGGCAUAUUCAUUUUGCGGAACUGUGGAGUACAUGGCGCCCGAGGUGGUGAACCGCAGAGGCCACUCCCACAGCGCUGACUGGUGGUCAUACGGCGUUUUAAUGUUCGAGAUGCUGACCGGAAUGCUGCCGUUUCAGGGAAAAGAUCGUAAAGACACAAUGACCAUGAUAUUAAAGGCAAAGUUAGGGAUGCCAUCAUAUCUGAGUUCUGAAGCUCAGUCUCUCCUGCGUAACCUGUUUAAACGAAACCCUGGAAAUCGACUUGGGGCUGGGCCUGAUGGAGUUGAGGAGAUCAAAAGACAUCAGUUCUUUGCCACCAUUGACUGGAAUAAACUUUUCCGCAGAGAGGUGAAGCCUCCGUUUAAACCAGCGAUUGGUCGACCCGAUGAUACCGUUUACUUUGACUCUGAGUUCACUGCCAAAACUCCCCGAGACUCCCCUGGUGUGCCACCCAGUGCGAAUGCUCAUCAGCUCUUCAGAGGGUUCAGUUUUGUUGCAAUGGGAGCUGAAGAGCUGAGUGAACCUCCAAUACAGACCAAUACCAGCAUUAGCACAGUGCUGGAGCAUCGUGGCACACUAGUGUUCAGUGAUGUGUAUGAUGUGAAGGAGGACAUCGGCGUCGGCUCGUACUCCAUCUGCAAACGCUGUGUACACAAGACCACGGGCAGUGAGCACGCUGUCAAGAUCAUCAAUAAAGAGAAGAGAGACCCUGCAGAAGAGGUGGAGAUUCUACUGAGAUACGGGCAACACCCCAACAUCAUCACACUCAAAGAUGUGUAUGAUGAUGGACACUCAGUGUUUUUGGUCACGGAGCUGAUGAAAGGUGGUGAACUGCUCGAUAAAAUCCUGCGUCAGAAGUUCUUCUCAGAACGUGAGGCCAGUGCUGUCUUACACACCAUCACCAAGACGGUGGACUAUCUGCAUACACAGGGGGUGGUCCACAGAGAUCUAAAGCCCAGUAACAUCCUUUAUGUGGAUGAGUCCGGAAAUCCUGAGUCCAUCCGGAUCUGUGACUUUGGGUUUGCGAAGCAGCUGAGAGCUGAGAACGGCCUGCUGAUGACUCCAUGCUACACCGCUAACUUUGUCGCUCCUGAGGUGCUGAAGAAACAGGGUUAUGACGAGGCAUGUGAUAUUUGGAGUCUGGGUGUGCUGCUCUACACCAUGCUCACAGGGUUCACUCCAUUUGCUAACGGUCCUGAUGACACGCCCGAAGAAAUCCUGUCUCGCAUCGGCAGCGGGAAGUUCUCUCUCACAGGAGGCUACUGGAACUCUGUAUCCAACGAGGCCAAGGACCUGGUGUCUAAGAUGCUGCAUGUUGAUCCUCAUCAGAGACUGACCGCGUCUCAGGUGCUGCGUCACCCCUGGAUCAUCCACAAAGACCGGCUUCCUAAAUUCCAACUCAACCGCCAUGAAUCACCACAACUCGUUAAAGAAGCAAUGGCUGCCACGUACUCGGCUCUGAACAGAAACGUGACUCCGAUGCUGGAACCUGUUGGUUGCUCCACAUUGGCACAACGUCGUGGCCUCAAAAAGCUGACCUCAACUGCCCUCUAACCUCUGACCUUUUGACCCCUCAGCCUAGCAGAAGCAGCGGACCAAAUCCUUACAUCACAGAGGAGUGAUUUUGCUCGCACAAUCGUCGUGAUCAGGAAAUGUGUGUGUGUGUGUGUGUUAUUACAGAUCAGCGCUUUAUUCCGUCUCUGUGGCGGUGAUUUUACUGGGAGCGAAAUUACAAUAUUCUGAGAUUCUGAUUAGUUUCUACUUUUACACUGAUUUUUUGUUUGUUGUAUUAUCAGGAUAAAAUACAUGGUGUGUGUGUGUUUGUGGAAUCUCAGUUUCACGUUAAAUAUCAUGUUAAUGUGUCUGUUCCGUCGUCGUGACAUCCGGCUUUAAUCAGAGGAUUAAUUCAGGGCUUUUAUAUUAAAAUAAAGCUUUAGUGAGGACUGUGCUUAGUGCUUGUUGUCAUGGUUACAGUGAGUGACCAGUGAUUGGUGUUAGAGACACUAAAGCACAUGACCAUGGUUUAAUAAAGUGGAUCUGAUUUUCAACACACACACACACACACUCACCUCAGUAUGUUGUAUAUGACACAGUGAUGGGAGUGUGUGUGUGUGUGUGGGGGGGGGGGGGGGUAAAUUUGAUCAUUCAGUUUCCAGUAAACAAAAUUUUUUUUACAGUGUAUUAUAUCUGUACUUGUGUGCACUUUUCUGUGUGUGUGUGUGUGUGUUCUCUGUUCUGUGGGGUUUUAAUAAUUUUUCUGACCACUCCAGUGGACAAUCAGCUGUUAUUAAGAAUAUCUUUAAUAGUAAUAAUAAACUCAUUUCUGUCUCUUUCCUCAUAAUAAAAGCAGUCACGUGACACUGAGAAGUUAAAA